AUGUCGAGCCGACAAAGCAAGGCAGAGAAGCUCAAGAAACUAGAAGAGCUCAAACGCGCGCGAGAGGGUGGCAAACGGGAGUACAAGAUCGAGGAUGACAGUAGCAUCUACGACGAAGUGACCGAGAACGAGUACAAGACAAUAGUGAAAGGACGGCUCGCUCGGGACGACUUUGUGGUCGAUGACGGGUUUAGCGGCUAUGUAGACACGGGUGUAGACGACUUCGAGGAGGCGGGGGACGUCGAGGAGGACGAGGAGGAACGCCCUAAGAAUAAGUCGAAGAAGGCGAAGGCGGAUCCGAAGGGCAAGGCGAAGGCCAAGCCGAAGCCUCCACCACCUGCAGUCACACCCUCGAUUAGCGCAUACCGCCCGGCAGUGUCUGUCGAGAAGGAGGACACCUUCAUGCAGAGUCUUCUGGGGUCUAUGGACACGAUCGUCACGACGCCCGCUCCGAAGACUCGCAAGCGGAAGCCAGAACCUGAUCCCGUAUACGACGACCGCGACUCCUCACCGGAGCCAUACGCCCCUGCCCGCCGUUCGCGCUCCAAAGGGUCCGGAUACGGCUACGGCAGCACGGACCCGGACACCUCGGACAACUACUUCGACGAUCCCGUCGGGGCGUCCAGCGGGGACGACUUCGUCGUGAGCCCGAGGAAGAAGCCGAAGACGGAGACCCCAGGCAUCACGCCCGCAAUAGACCGUAUCGCGAAGCUCGACAUGCAGGGCGGAAACGAGACGGAGAGUUCGUUCGACGAUAUUGACAUGGACGCGUUCAUGGACGUAGACGACGACUUUGAUUUCAGCGCAAAGCCGGUCUCAAAGGCGAAGAUAGAGGUCGACGCGGAAGCAAAGCCGCUCAAGCCUCUCAACGGGAACGCUGCCAAGCCAGACGUCAAGAAGAAGCUGGACGACAACCCGUCAUGGCUAUCUGUUUACGAUUCGCUCACCGUCACCGGCGAUGAUUCCUUCGGUCCAGCUGCGUCGACCAAUGGCGCUACCCGUACGCCUGCCCCUUCCAAUAUCUCAGUGCUCGAAGAGGACGGCUCGCUCCGAUUCUACUGGCUUGAUUACCUCGAGCACGACGGGAGGCUCUACUUCAUUGGCAAGACGCAGGACAAGAAGACGAAGGUGUGGGUCUCGAUCUGCGUCACCGUGGAGAACCUCGAGCGGAACCUCUUCGUCCUCCCGCGCGAGCGCCGGAUGGAGGAGGACGAGUACACGGGCGAGAUGUACGAGACGGACGUCGUGCCGACCCUGGGGGACAUCUAUUCGGAUUUUGACAAGCUGCGGCAGAAGGCAAGGAUUGGGAAGUUCAAGGCGAAAUUCGUAAAACGCAAGUAUGCGUUUGGGGAGAAGGACGUGCCAAGGGAGGAGCGAGACUGGUUGAAGGUUGUGUACCCCUUUACUGAGCCCCAGCUUCCGAAUAACGCAUCGAGUCCGAACUUCUCGAGGAUAUUCGGGACGAACACAAGCGCGUUUGAGCUGCUGGUCCUGAAGCGCAAGAUCAUGGGCCCGUGCUGGUUGCAGAUCAAGCAUCCGGAGAUCGACAACAAGGGUGUUUCUUGGUGCAAGGUCGAGGCGACCGUCUCCGAUCCCAAGGACAUAAACCCUUUCGCGGAAACUGACGAUGACGCGCCUAAGGAGACACCACCGCUCACGAUAGUCUCACUCAGCUUGCGAACCGUUGUUAACCACCGGGAGAACAUCCGAGAGAUCGUCUGUGCGACCUCUCGGAUUUGGUCGAACACGAACAUCGAUGACCCUACACCACCCGAGGCACUGCCAUGCACAGUCCGGACGUUCGUGAGACCUCUUGAUCGCUUCCCAGCGAAUUUCGAGGCACGCGCCAGCAACAACGGCAAGGGUGUCAUCUCUCCUAUGAAGAACGAACGUAUGCUCCUUAAUAACUUGCUCGUGACCUUGCACAAGGCUGACCCGGACGUCAUUGUGGGGCAUGAGUUCCUCGGCGUGUCGUUGGACGUCCUGCUACAUCGAAUGCGGGAGCUCAAAGCGGAUCACUGGUCUCGCAUUGGUCGCUUCCGACGGUCGAAGUGGCCUAACAUUGGCCGCCAAGGAACCAAUCUACGCUUCUUGAGCGGUCGCCUUCUGUGCGACCUUGCAAGUGAUGGCGCGAAGGGCAUGAUCACCUCCACGACGUGGUCGCUCACUGAGAUGUGCAAGACGCAUCUCAAAAGCGAUCGGCAGGAGAUCGACUUUGACGACACCGCGAACUACUUCGACGGCAGCGUUAGCUCACCAGAGCCACUCCUCAACUUCGUUCGGCACUGCGAGCUCGACGCACAUUACCAAAUGGCGCUGGCGUCGAAAGUUCAGCUGCUUCCUCUGACGCGACAAUUGACCAACCUCGCGGGCAACUCCUGGAACAAGACCCUCAACGGAGGCCGUGCAGAGCGGAAUGAGUACAUUCUCCUGCACGAAUUCCACCGGCUCAAGUAUAUCUGUCCCGAUAAGCUGUACGGCAAGAAGGCCGCGACGGCGAUGAAGGCGGAGAAGGAAGAGAACGAGGAUGGCGAGGGCGCUACCAAGACGACCAAGAGCAAAAGGGACAAGUACAAGGGCGGUCUCGUGUUCGAGCCGAAGCGCGGCCUGUGGGACAAGUACAUCCUCGUCAUGGAUUUCAACUCGCUGUACCCGAGCAUCAUUCAGGAGUACAACAUCGAUUUCACGACCGUUGAACCUGCCGAGGAGGAUGAGGGUGGUGAGGAGAAGAUCCCCGAGCCACCAAGUUCGCAGGUCGACCAGGGAGUUCUACCGCGUUUGAUUGCCACCCUCGUCAAUCGACGUCGAGCAGUCAAGGCUUUGAUGAAGGACAAGAAGGCGACACCGGCUCAGCUACUCCAGUGGGACAUCAAGCAGAUGGCCUUGAAGCUGACGGCCAACAGUAUGUACGGUUGUCUCGGUUUCGAGUACUCCCGGUUCUACGCUCGUCCUCUCGCCGCCUUGACGACGUUCAAGGGCCGCGAGAUUUUGACACACACCAGAGAGCUCGCUGAGAGCAUGCAACUUGAUGUCGUCUAUGGAGACACAGACUCUGUCUUCGUCAACUCGAACGUGACCGACCUGGCAGAAGCCCUCAAGAUCUCCGCGGAAUUCAAAAAGGCCGUCAACGACCGAUAUAAACUACUUGAGAUCGACCUCGACGGCAUCUUCAAGCGUUUGCUGCUCUUGCAAAAGAAGAAGUACGCAGCUGUCAAGGUCGAGGAUAGCACCCGCACGUCGACUGAGGUCAAGGGUCUCGACAUGAAGCGUCGUGAAUACUGUGCUCUAUCCAAGACUGUCUCUGGUUAUGUUUUAGACCAGAUUCUGUCCGGCGAAGCCACGGAGACUGUCGUGGAGAACAUUCACGAGUACCUCGUUACUAUUGGGCAGCAGGUCCGUGCCGGCAAGAUCAAGCUGGAGGAGUUUAUCAUCCACAAACGUUUGGGCAAGAACCCAGAGGACUACCCCGAUGCGAAGAGCCAACCUCAUGUGCAAGUCGCUUUGCGUAUGAAAGCCAAAGGAGGUACUGCACAUGCUGGAGACGUCAUUCCGUAUAUCUUCUGCCUCGGCGAGGGUGGGGAGACGGCGAAGUCCGCCCAGGCGGACAGGGCGAGGUCACCUGAGGAAAUCCGUCGAGAAAGCGACAAGUACAAGAUAGACUACGAGCACUACUUGUCGCAACAAGUCCUCCCACCUAUUGAGCGUCUGUGCGAACCCAUAGAGGGCACGGACCGUGCGCGGCUGGCAGAGUGCUUGGGCCUGGAUCCCAACCGCUAUCGUACUGCCGGCACUGGGGAGUCAGAAGAGAGAUACUUCGGGACACUCGAUUCGCUCAUGUCCGACGCGCAGCGGUUCCAGGAUGCAGACGCUUUCCAGGUCCAUUGUCGCUCUUGUCAGAAUGUCGUGCCCUUUGCUCCCGUCAGCGAUCGCGAGAAAUCUCACAUCCGAUAUUCCGGUCUUGUAUGCCCACAAUGCCGCGCCGCAGUCAGCAUUGCGAGUGUGCAGACACAGCUUGAAGUUCAGAUUCGGGAACAUAUCGCAAAGUACUACGAGAGCUGGACGAUCUGCGAUGAUGCAACCUGUGGCAAUCGGACACGCAUGAUGGGGGUGUACGGUCGUCGGUGCUUGCGACCAGGAUGUAGAGGCACCGUUGCCUUUGAGUAUUCGGAUGCACAAUUAUACAAUCAGCUGCGUUACUAUUUUUCUUUGUUUGACAUCAAGAAGGCGCUUGAGGCCGCUACCGGUGCUACGAAGGAUGACCUUCAAACACUCGGCCAUCUACCGCAGGGCAUCUGCGAUCAACUAAGGGAGGUGGUCGAAAGGUACCUCAACCAGUGUGGACGUCGCUGGGUGCAGAUGAGCGCUUUGUUUUCUUUUAUGAAGUUGUGAUUGCUCUGUUUUACGUGCUCGUUUGGAUAUCGUUGUGUACUAUUUACUCUCUUCGCUGUUGUAUCGCUAUCAUUGCAGUCCGUCUGAAAU